AUGUCGGAGGCCCCCUUGCUGCCUGCUGAGGCACCCAUGCUGGGUGAGGGAGGAGUGGGGUUGCAGUUGGGCAUGUCCCUGCAGGAGCACGGCGUGAGCUACAGCUCCCAGGCCACUUUCCCUUCUCCCCAGAUGAUUUAUGACCAGGGGGUGCUCCCCCCUCAGCCAGGCAUGAUGAUGCCUCAGAUGAUGCCCUUAGAGCCCAGGAAUCCAGGGGUCAACAUGCCCUCCAGUGGGAGUCUAGGGCUGCCCCCUAGCGGGCUGCCAGUGUCUGCCUCCAACGGGAUCCCAGUGAUGUCCCACAAUAGGGCCCCGAUGAUGCCUUACUCUGACCCCCUAGAAGGACCAUCUAACUGCGCCUCUUUAACACCUAACAUGUUGCUGACCCCAACCAUACCUUCCACUGAGGCCCUGUCUGUGCUCCCCAAUCCCGCUCAAGUGUUGCCCCCCAGGGAGCCCCACAACCUCAGGAUACCCGCAGCUGGGUCCCCAUUAUGGCUGCCUUUAGAAUCCCAGGGAUCCUUUGUGAGCCAACCAGCCCCCCAGGAAGACUUCUUCCCACUUGAGCAGCCCACACCUGCAGCACAGGGAGUGGACAACGCGAGGGCCCAAGAAAGGGAGCCCAGGAGGAGGUCCCCAGGUUCAAGGCCUUACGUCUGCCAGUACGAGAACUGUGGAAAAGCUUACACCAAGCGGUCACACCUCGUGAGUCAUGAGCGCAAGCACACAGGUGACAGGCUCUAUAAAUGCUUGUGGGAAGGCUGUAACUGGUCUUUCUUCCGAUCUGACGAGCUCAGGCGACACACACGGAUACACACCAGAUACCGACCACACAGAUGUGAGCAGUGCGGCCGACGGUUCAUGAGGUCUGACCAUCUCAGACAACACCAAAGGAUUCAUCAGCGGAUGCCAGGAUCCCCAGACCCGCAGGCUGGCGGCCAACAGAUGGACGAUAUUCUUCUUCCUGGUCUUUAG